AAGGCGAUCUCGUGGUCACGUGACAAGACGUUCACCAGUGGAGGAAGUCCAGCGACAACAGGAGGCCGUGAUUAGUUUACAUUUAUCACAGUUUUCUGUAAAUAAAACUUUUGAGGAGACAGAUUAGGCUCUUGUGAUUGCUACAGGCCUUCGGCUUCUCCACCAAGUGCCAAAAUGACGGCAGCGGUGUUUUUCGGUUGCACUUUCAUCGCCUUCGGCCCGGCUAUCGCACUGUUCCUGUUUACCAUCGCCCGGGAGCCGCUGAGGGUCAUUUUCCUCAUAGCAGGAGCCUUUUUCUGGCUGGUGUCUCUGCUGCUGUCGUCUCUUGUGUGGUUCAUCUCAGUUCAGAUCAGUAACAAGGAGAGUGCCGUGCAGCAGAAAGGUCUGCUCAUCUUUGGCGUGGUGCUGUCUGUUCUGCUGCAGGAAACCUUCCGCUUUGGUUAUUACAAGCUACUGAAGAAAGCAAAUGAAGGACUCCUCACUCUCAGUCAAGAGGAAACCAUGCCCAUCUCUAUACGGCAGCUGGCCUAUGUGUCCGGCCUUGGCUUUGGCUUCAUGAGUGGAGCCUUCUCAGUGGUAAACAUCUUGGCCGACUCUGUGGGACCAGGGACUGUCGGCAUCCACGGAGACUCACAGCACUACUUUCUGUCCUCAGCCUUCAUGACCAUGGCCAUCAUCUUGCUUCACAUGUUCUGGGGCGUUGUGUUCUUUGAUGCCUGUGAGAAGUCGCGCUGGUGGGCUGUGGCUGCUGUCGUUAUCAGUCACCUUGUGGUGUCUUGUCUGACUUUCCAAAACCCUGAGUAUGUUGCCAGCCUUAUUCCCACCUACGUCAUCUUGUUCCUGAUGGGCAUCUGGGCAUUUUAUUCUGCGGGUGGCUCGUUCAGAAACCUCAAACUCUGCCUCACCUGUAAAGACAAGGAUUUUCUGCUCUCCAACCACCGGUCAAGAUAACGCAUCACACCAGACACCAUGCAGGACUCUAUCCAAAGAUCCCCCAGUUUCUCGCACCGCCACACACACACACAUACACAUACACAUACACACACACACACACACACACACAGACACACACUAUAACAAAGCAUGACUACUUCUUCAUGCAUACACUGAGCAGUUUCACCUGCGAGUUUUGUCAUCUCAAGUUGAUAAAACAUUUUGUUAGCCCCAAAAUAAGUUUCAUUUAAACUACAUGUAAGGUUUUAUUCAAAAGAACACAAUAUUUAUAUUUGGUCAACAGUAUGCUCUGUUUGUUUCCCGAUGCUGUAAAACAGAAACAAAACAGACAAGAAACCUUCAAAAUAUUAAGAUAUUUGAAGUGAGCGUGAGAAUUUUAUUCUUUCUUUACGUCUGUCAGCAGUUUUCUUUCAUAUGUCAAGUCUUUGGGUGGAUAUGAUCAUCCAUCCAAAAAAUAUGUAAAUAUACAUUGAUGCAUACCCUCUUUUGUAGAUAGAGACAUGUUUUAACUCUUUUCCAAGGUGUUGCAGCAUCCUUAUGUCUGUUCCAGGAACUGCCUGUGAUUCUAAAUUCUUCUAAUAAUUUCCAGGCAGACACUGAGAGGUUGCUGCCCUCCACAAUUUGAAGUUCUCAAUCACCUUUCUUCUAAAUUAAUGCAUACUUCAAGAUGAUGAGAGGAUACAUGACUGACAGUUAUCUUGAGAUCAAUACUACUUUUCUGUGAUUGAGUUGUGGUACAUAAUUAUACUUCAAAACUGUCUUUUUUUUUUUUUAUUUCCCUCUUGAAAGAACAAAUAUCACAGUUGGCAGUUUGCUAUAUACAUAAAAAUGUCAUGCCAGGGUUUUGGUUUUUUGGUCCCCCCCGUCAUCUCUCAUUGUCCCCGAGUGCCAACAUUAGAGUGUUUGCUGUUUCCAUCCAGAGUUAAGAAGCUCAAACUGACUGUAAAUCCUGAACAUUUUUUGAAAAACUUUGGAACAGAAUCAAUUUUUUCAAAAAGUUUUUAUCACCCUAACACACCCGAGUUAAAUAAAAACAUCAAAUGUUCUAGGUUAGUCUGUGGUUGUCCUACUACUUUGUUCUGUGCCCAGUGUGCACAUAAACACAGCAUUCAAACUCCUACAUGAGAUCAUAAUCAGGCUGAAGUUUUCAACCCUGUUAAUAAUUGAAAAUGUUCUAUGUCUUUGUUGCCUUUUUUAUGUGCUAGUCUUUUUGAAUGAGUACAGAACUUGAUGUGAAUUUUGUCCAAUAUUUUAGAAACUGCACACAUUGAAUGUUUUUUUUCUGUUUUUCCGACAUGUUUUGUGUUUUUGCUUUUUCUUUGUUUUUUUUGGAACGUCAUGUGCAGUUUGCACAGAUCAGUGUCCCGGAUGUCACCAUGGUGGAAUAGAUGUUGACCACAAGGUAAAGAUAAAGAAAAAAACAAACA